AUUUUGUAGUUAUGAUGACGACGCGUUUAUGUGACGCCAUUUCCUGUGUAACUGCUGACGGUCCAGGCGCCGAUUUUUGAAAACAAGAAGAAUACAUUUGCGUUUAUUUUCAUUCCAUAAAACGGCUCAGCAUGGCAUCUAUCAGAGACUAUAAUGUAGUGGAGCAGUUCAACAGCCGACUGGAGGAGAUCAGGUCCAAACUUCUGGAUCAGGCCAUGGUAGAGGUGCUCAAUGACAGGGCUGCGGAGCUCUGUCAGGAUCACAGGCAGUACAUGAAGUCUGUCUUGGAUACUUGCUUUAAGAAAUGCAAGGAGGAUGAAACCAUGUUUGACAUGAUACAUGCUUACAAACAAGAUUUGAAGGAGAAAACAUCUUUACUGAAAGAAAAGAGUGCUGAACAGCUUGAGGUUGUGUCGGAGAUUGAAGACAAGGAGCAUCACAAAGCACUCUUAUUUCAGAGAAUUGACAAGCUCAAGAAGGAUCAGGCCAGAAACAGGGAAUUGAUUCAGUCACAAAACAAAGCCAACAAGGACAGACUGAAGAAGCUGAACAAGUGUAAAGACGUCUUUCAGAAACACCUCAGUCUUGAGAUCAGAAAAAUCCAAGGUGAGAAGCUGCAGUUUGUCUUCAGGAACAUCAGUCGUAAAGAUCCAGACAUGGUCCACACGUUCCUGCUCCAGCUUGAUGCAGAGGGCGUUUACCACAUCAUCUCUUGUGACCCUCCACUGGAGAAAAUGGCACAUCUAGAACGCAGACUGCAGGAGACCAACAACUUUUCCGCCUUCCUCGCUAAUGUCCGGAGAGAGUUCGUGGCGCUUCACAGCGGUGCAAAGAUGGCCUGACCGAUGAACCGAAGCUAACUGUUCAUUUCAGAUCCAUUUAAAGCAGUCAGAGACCCAGACACCAUAUUUGUAGAUAUCAUUACUAAGCAUAUUGAGCUUUUAUUUACCUUUCAAUUUUUUUGUACAUUCAUUUAUUGAUUUGUAAUUUUAGCAAUAAACAUAACAAAGGUUUUUAAAAAAAAAAAA